CAAAAGCAAGUUGUCUCCCUGACAUCUCUGGGUCCAUGGGGCUCCAGGGGCCCAGUGGGAGAUGAAGACAGGCAUCUAUUUCUGCCUUAAAGGAUUGGCCCAGGGCACUUAUGAUUGGCCAUGCUCACCCAAAUGGUUCUAUGCAUUUGGAAUCACUACCCAACAGUGGAAAAGCUAUUCCCACAAAAGGAGUGGUCAGCUUUGAAACCCUGGCCAUUCUCAUGUACUGGAACACUGGUGCAGUUUUCUGGAGGGCAGUUUGACAGACUAUGUAUCAAAAGCCUGAGCCAUGAACCUACUCUUGACCCAGUGGUGUACUAAGAUUUUAUUUUAAAGGAAAAUAAAAACAUCUGCAAAGAUAGAUACACAGGAUGUUCAUCACAAACACUGUAAUAUAAUAAUAUGAAAUUGCCAACAACCUAAACGUACAACAGUUAAAGGUUGGUUAAAAAAAUCAAGAUCUGGGACAUCCCUGGUGGCCCACUGGUUAAGACUCCACGCUUCCAAUGCCGCAACUAAAGAUCCCACGUGUUGCAACUAAGACCCGGUGUAGCCAAAUAAAUAAAUAAAUAAUUUAAAAAAAAGAGUUAAAAACCACCUACGUAUGAAAAUGAGGUUAAAUGUAAAUUGUGAUUUUCCCCUGGGCAUUGGAAUAAGGGUUGUAUCUUUUUCUCCCCCUCUAUUAAAAGUUUAUAUAUGUAAUUUAAAAAAUAUAUAUGUGUAUAUAUAAUUUUUACAAAGAGAAUUUGAUUUAUAUUUUUAAUUCAGCAAAAAUGUAUGCUAAUCUGCAGCUGGUGGAAUUAUGUGUUUUCAAAAUACGUAUUUUCAAAAUAUUUUAUCAAAGGUAUAUAUUACUUUUGUAAUCAGAGCAUAAAGUUUAUUUGAAACGAAAAAUAGGGGAGUUCCCUGGUUUCCUAGUGGUUAGAAUUCUAGGCUUUCACUGCCAUGGCCCAGGUUCAAUCCCUGGUCGAGAAACUGAGAUCCCAAAAGCUGCGUGGCACAGCCAAUAAAUAAAUAAAAUAAAAUCUCUGGAAAUGGGAUAGCAUCAUGUAUUUUUCACCUUAUGAUUGUUUUAGGUCAGCACCAUGGCUUUUCCAUGUGAUUCAGAUGAAACUUCGUAUUUACUGCCUCGUGAGGACUGGGAAGGGUACAGCAUUCCUGACUUUGUCUACGGGACGAAGGAACUUGUGCCAGAAGGGAUUCAGUGGCCAAGGAGUGCACCCAGACUUCUGGACACACUGCCACUGUCUUGCUUUGACUCUGCCCUCUGCUCGGCCUGGAGGCAGCAGAUGGAGCUGGGGCUAUUCCGCUACGCUUUGGGGGAGCAGAUCAAAACCCUCCCUGGAGCCGUGGGUUUUGUGGCUCAGCUGAAUGUGGAGCGAGGUGUGCAUAAAAGGCGCCCCCAAAACAUCAGGAGCGUGAGGCAAACGUUUGACCUUGAACAGUUUAACUUCAACCAGAUCCGGCCAGGAGAAGUCCUCUUCCGCUCGCACCAGAAGCCUUAUCUCCUUGGUGCUCUCCAGCAAGAGGACAUCCUCGUGGUGAUCAAUGUCAGCCCCUUGGAGUGGAGCCAUGUGCUGCUGGUGCCUGAGCCGGCCCAAUGGCUCCCCCAGCACCUGCUGCCAGGGGCACUGCGGACUGGCGUCAAGGCUGUGCUGCUGAGUUCACAUCCAGGCUUCCACGGUGGCUUCAACAGCCUUGGUGGCCUGGCCUCAGUGAACCACCUCCACCUGUGUAGCUAUUACCUGGCCCACAGACUGCCCGUGGAGGGGGCCCCAAGCGAACCUCUGGACCCUGGGGGCCGUCUGCAUCUGCUCCAGGCCCUCCCAGUUCCCGGCUUCUUUUACACCAGCAGGUCAGGACCCGACUUGGAAGCCUUGAUAAAGCAGGGUAUGUCAGGCCACUGACUGACUGAUCACGAGAUUGCACAUAUUGUGACCCACGGGGCCCCACCUGGAAAGACAUCAUCUUCCUCCGCCCUCACGGGGGUCCGAGUAAUUAUGUGGCCCCAGAAAUCCAGCUUUGGGAUAAAGGAAGGCAAGGCAUUCAAUGUUGCCCUCUGUGAGCUGGCUGGGCAUCUCCCUAUCAAAACGUCCCAGGUCUUCAGCAGCCUGACAGAGGUGGCGGCUCUGGCCAUCAUCCGAGACUGUCUGCUGCCCCCAGCCCAUGCAGAAGAGGUGCAGGCAGCACUGGUGGCCUUGCUAGCCCAGGAGGAGCAGUAAUCCUUCCAGAAAGUAUUUAUUUUGUAGCUGAUCUAAGUCUCCUUCCGGGGAGGUGUCCAUCAGGGUCAUGUGGGCACUUUCAUGAAUGCCUUCUCACAUGUCUCAGCCUAAGGGGAGGGGUAGAGAACUGGUAAGUGGUCUCUUUAAAGAGGAGGAACCUUAGAAUAAAUCUAAUGAAUGAGCGCUCAUGGAUGUAUCUGCUGCUUUUCACCUUUCUUCUUAGACAAGCCCCAGGGAUGUCAAACCUGUUGUUAAGAAGGGAGUGUGUGCAAGAGUUACACACUCCUGACUUUUAUAUGCUGACUUUUCUCUUCCUUUCUUAUCAAGUCUUAGCAGAGGGAUAGCUUACCGCUUCCUCUGUUCUUGCCUCUCUGCUUGUUCUCCCGUUGGUCACCACUGAGUUGUAUUUCUUCAUCCUGCUCCUACAUUUGUCCCCUCCAUCCAUAUACCCUAUUCAUAGCACAUUCUUCACCUACCUGGCCACCUUGAACUUCCUUCCAGCCCCAAAGCUGAGCUGAGUGUUCUUCACAUACAUCAUUUCAUGUGAAAACAAGGUGUCCUCUCGACUUGAAAGUGCAGAUCCUCUUAAUACCCCCAUUUAACAGAUGAAGAGAGGAGGCUGACAGAGGUUUAGUAACUUGUCCAAGGUCAGAUAACUCAAAAGUAGUGGAGUCAGGACUGCAACACAUGCAAUCCAACCCCACAAGCUGAGCUGGGGCUAGGCAUGUGUGACCACCAUGUUAAUAGUCUCGUUGAGAUGAGGCAGAAUACACAUCACAACCCAUUUCAUAAGAAAAACAGUUUAACAUUUAACUUCCUUUAAACAACUUUUGGCCACCCUCGUGUUUUUGGCACAUUGCAGUAACUUUAGUUUAACGCCUCUUUCUGCAUGCCUCUGCAAAUACGGGCUCCACUAACAUCACUUUAUUUCACUUGUUCACUCUCUGAACCAUUACAGCAAAGUGCACUUUGUGUGUCCAAUGUGAUGAGUACAAAUACCAGUAUUUUCCCAGUUUUUCCUUAGGACUAAUGUUCAGAGGAAGGCCUUCUCUGGCCCCAAAUAAGUUUUUCCACAAAAAGUAAAAAUCAAAUAAGUUUUCUUUAUGGUGGUACUUCUUAGCUGUGUAUACUUUGUGAAUCGUCAAGAAGGGGAUUUAUGGGAGCUUUUUCUAAGCUGGAAUAUGGAACACUUAGGAGACCUGUUAUACCCAGAGCCCUAGGUAAGGGAUGAUCCAGUUCAGGGCCUCUCCACCUCGUUGCUUGCUCUUUGUUUGUUUUCUUUGCUUUUUGAUGAGGUGUCUCUUGUAAUAAGGGGUUUUGGACUUGAUCUAAUAAGAAACCUUGAAGAGUUUUAAACUGGGGAGUAAUGAAUUUGCAUUUUAGGGAGAAUACUUAAGCUGCAAUGGAUGGAUGGGUGGAUGGACAGACGGACGGACGGAUGGAUGAAGGAGAGAAGUAUAGAAUAAGGGAAUCCGAUUAAGAGGCUGCUGUGCUGAAUGGUGGCGAUUCAGGCACGAAAUGAUGAUAGUUCAGGUACUAGAACCAUGCCUGGAACAUUAAAUAUUUGUUAAAAAAGUGAGAAAAAUGUGCAUCCUGGAAGUCAAGGGACUCCAAAGCAUUUCAAAGAGGGAAUGAUAGCGUAUCAUAUACGGAAAGAAAAUCAAGAAAUCUAUGAAUUGGAAAAUGUCCAUGUCUUUUUAAAGGAGGGAAAUUUUUAAGUGUCCUUUAGAUUUAGGCACAAAGGAUAACCUUAAAGUGACAAACUGGGCCCAGUUUGGUGGAGGUUGCGAUCAGAAGUCAAAGGGGUGAAUGUCAGGAAAAGAUGGUGACAGUAAAGGAGCAGUCUGAUGAGCACCUCAAGGGCAUCUGUGCUAAUCACGGCUCUACCUCCCAAGGGCUAGCACUGCUCAAGACAUGGUUACUCAAAACACUUACGGAAGACAAGCAGAUACCCAAACACUGAGUUGGCCAAGUUCCGGGGGCUUAGCCGGCAGGUACUGGAAAGGAUGGCGGUGGGGCUUGUGUGAACUGGUGUAAAAGCAGAAGGACUACAGGUCCUAUCAUGCACCAGGUCAGCUGCCACAAGAAUCUGCCCUUGAGUGCCAUGAGUUUGGUUGCACUUCCACAGCCAGCCCCAGGGGCAAACCUUUUAGGCACCAGCUCUCUGGCUUCCCAACUGCA